AUGGAAGCCCCUUCAGUCAUGGACCUACCUCGCCUUGUGCCACCUAGGCCAGGCCUCGUGCCCAGGUUGGCGUCGCCCAAGCCAAGCCUUACACUGGCAUCACCCAGAUCAAGCCCAACGCCCAGCGCACCAUGUGGAUUGACACCUACCUAUCCCAGCUUAUCUUUGGUGCUUCCUGAGUCCCUAGAAGCAAUAUGGACCGCUGUCCCCUAUCGAACACCUAGCACCACCCAGCAGUUUGCUAGUGUCGCCCAAUGCCUGAUCGUCACUCAUCUCUUUGUUGCUAUCAUUGCUAAUCUCACCCAGACUAGCACAAAGAGCUCCAACCCUAGCCCUAGUGAUGUCGCCAAUUAA